AUGAAGGCAAUCUCGAGCGCUCUGCGUUCGCAUAUAGAGCGACGUCUAUUCGUUUAUCCCAUCAAUAAAUACUUUCAUUUACCGUCUGGAUAUAAGCCUAAUACUGAACCUAUAAAAAAAUUACCUGUUGCUCAGUGUCUCAAGGUAUGGCUAAUGUCAUUAAAACCAAACAGAUUAGAGGAGAUUCAAGACGAGCUUGUACACCUUAUGUAUCCACUGCAUGCAAAAGAUAAUCAUGGGGUAAGCAUUGAAAAGAACAAAAUAAAAAUUGACCAAAAUAACCAUAUAAAUGAGAUUUCAUUCGAAGUAACUAAUAAUCUCGACAAGCCCAUUAAGCAUUUGGUUUUCAUACAUGGAUACGGGGCAUCUUUAGGAUGCUUUGCGAGAAAUUUUCAAAUUAUCAAUAAGCUUAAAGGUUUGAAGUAUAACUACAAGGUACACUUCUUAGAUAACAUAAGUUUCGGACUCUCAUCCAACCCUAGGAUAAAUUCCAAUUUGAUAAGUCACUGGAAGAUCCCACGAUGCGUGCCUAUUAAAUUAAAUGAUCCUGAUCAGCCUACUGACCUCAAAAAAUUACAUAGAAAGUACUAUAAGUUGAUAGAAUCCUAUAGCUGUGGAUCUAGAGAAUUUCAAAAGUACCAAAAGAAAUUUAAACCAAUAAUAGAGGACAUUGAAGCUUAUUAUCUAACAGCAAUAGACAAGUGGAGGAUUGCAUCCAAAUUGGAUAAAAUUGACUUUUUAACAGCCCAUAGCUUCGGAGCAUACUGGUCAGCUUCGUACGCUGUAAAAUACCCUCAUGCACUAAACAACUUAAUAUUAUUAUCACCGGUAGGUCUAGAAAGGCAUGUGCAUGCAAUCACAAAUAACACAAUAAGUGACAAAUCUAAAGAGGUGACACUCAAACCAACGCUAGAUCCUUCUUCCUUCAGGUUUUUAUCGAGGUUACCAAUCUUAUCUAAGCAGCAUGUUAGAAAAUGGUACCAUAUCCAGCCAUAUUUACCUAGACUAUUAAGAUUCAUGGGACCAUUUGGUGUUCAGAAGUUUUAUGAUAUGUGGUAUUUGAAAUUGUUCAAGAUCAAUAGAUUGAUAAGUAAAAAGGGAGGAGCCGAGAACGUAUUCUGCAGUAGCAAUGACCUUGUAUAUGGUACCAAUAAGGAAUGCCAUUUAAUAGUUGAAUAUCUAUACAAUUCAAUGUCUCAAGGCUCAAAUAGUGAUAUAUAUAUAAAAAAUUUGCUUACUCCAAGCACGGUAAGCAAAUGGCCCUUAUACGAUAAAUUUGAGGCAUUUGCAUCAAAACACAAAGAAGAAAUAAUACCUUUCGGUUUACACCUUUCAUACGGACAAUUUGACUUCAUGAACUCAGAAGCUGGUCUCAUGCUUUGCAAUCGAAUCAAUGAAAUAUCUGGACCGGACGCUGCCCACUUUCACGAAAUUAGUGAAUCUGGUCAUAAUUUGUACAUUGACAAUCCCAUGGAAACUAAUGCGCUUAUCGCAAAAAUAGUAGAGCAGGACGAAUUGAAUGGUUAA